UUGGGCCCAAAAUUUAAACUCUCACAGAACCUCUCUGUCUCCCCCCACUUUUCUCCCACUGUGCGUCUGCCUCAUAUUUAUUUUCCAAUCUCAUUUCUCUACCAUAGAAACCCUACCAAAAACCCUAACCCUAAAAGUCUUUUUAAUUCAGCACCACCACCACCACCACCACAAGUAUGGCCAAAAAGAAGCUUACCCAUCAAUCUCAGCAUCCUAAACAACAAAACCCACAAGAUCAAAAUCCAAACUUGGCCCACCCACAAAAUUCGUCUAUGGAAGACCCUGAAGACAAGCUUCAAAAUUUGAAAUCUCUAAAUGCAAUGCUUCUAAAAGAGACUAUUGAACGUAGACAGCAAGUCGAGUCUUUGACGGAAGCUAAGAAAGUGUUAGAGAGUCAGUUGGGUUUGAUUGGUAAGGAAAAGAUGGAUUUGGAAAAUGAGCUGAGUGUAGUAAGUGAGGAGAGAGUGAGUCUGGAGAUAGAGAAGGGUUUGUUUCGUGUUUUUAUUGAGACCCAGGUGGAUGACAUGGGUUUUGUUGUUGAGAAGUUGGUGAAAGAGAAGGAAGAGAGAGAGAAUGAAAUUGGGCUCUUGAAGAAUGAAGUGAAUCAGUUGAUUGUUGAUGUUGAGAGUGAGAGAGAGAAAUUAAGCUUGGCUUGCAGAGAGAGGGAUGUACUUAGUAUUAAUCUUGAUAAUUGGAAGAAUGAAGCAAAUGCGUUGAAAAAGAAAGUGACUGACAUGGAGGAUAAGGAGAAAAAUGCUGAGGAGGAAAUUAUGAAAGUGAAGGUACAUUGUAGUCAGUUAAUUAAGCAAAAUCAGGAAAUAGAGAAACAGAUUGAGGAGGCUAAAAAGUUGAGAGAUUUGGCUGAGAUAAAAUUGGGAGAGAAAGUUAAAGAGUUGGAGGAUUUGAAUAGAGAUAUGGCGGAGAUUGUAGGGAAGAAUAAUGAAAUUGAAAGGGAGAAAGGUGGACAAAGGGUCAGAAUUAGUGAGUUGGAGAAAGAUGUUUCUAAUUUGAAUGAGAUUGUAUCGCGUUUGCGGAAGGAGGAGGAUGUUUUGCGUGGAACAGUCUUGGAGUUGGAGAAGAGUUAUGGUGAGGCGAUAGAAAAGGUGAAUGUAAUGGCAAUGGAGAUUGAUGCUUUGGCAGAAGAGAAGAAAGAGAUGGAAAGAACUAUUGAGAUGUUGAUGGAGGAAACAGAUUCUAGUGAGAAACUUGUGAAGAAUUUGAAUAUUGCAAUGAUGGACAAGGAUGGUUUGAUUGAGAAAUUGUUGAGACAGAAGAAAGAGAUUGAGGAUGUAAAAGUUAGCAAAGAGAGCGAAAUUGUGCAGUUGCAUAAGGAGUUGUGCGGAUUAAGAGAUGCUGUGUUUGUAACGCAGGACUCCAUAAAAAAUCAAGAAGACAAGAACAAGCAAUUGGUAACAGAAGUUAACCAUUAUCGAGAUGAAUAUGAGCAAGCGAGACUUGAGAGGGACAAUGCCCUGAGGAAUUUGGAUGAGGAGAAAAAGAAUGGCUUUAACUUGACGUCUAAAGUUCUGGAAAUGGAGAAGAUGAUAGAAGAGACUGUAAAAGAAUUUGCAAAGAUGAAGACCGAGUACGAGAAUCUGCUGGAGUUAAAGAAAGAAAUGGAGGGCCAAGUUAGUUCACUUAUGAAAGAAAAAGACAUGAUGCAAAAGAAUUUUCUGGAUGCAGAACGAGAAAUUGAUGCUUUGAGAACAAAACUGGAGUCAGUUGGCAUCAACUCUGAUAGAGCACUUGCCAUGUUGAAGAAAACUGUGGCAUUCGUCUGUCCAUCUAAUGAUGGAAAGGAAAAGGCUUCCAUUACAGAAAAGAAACUUGAUGGUGAAAUUGAACCAUUUGUAGCUGAGCUGGAAAUUAUCAAAAACGCAUUCAGAAACAGGGAGACAGUCGUAGAAGAGAUGAAACAGCAAGUAGAGUUCCUUCAGAACUCUGAGGCGGAGGCACAGAAGAAGAAGGGCAUUUGGGCUGUAGUGUCUUCGGCAACAACAUUUUUGGCUGCAGCCUCUCUUGCCUAUGCUGCUAGAAUGCGCUGACUGCCUUGGUAUUAUACGUCGACCUUUUAUUUAAGGGCAGCUUGCUUUUCGCUAUUAGGUUAAGUAAUACUUAUCAAGUUCUAACUGAGGUCAAAACGUCCUCAUUUUGGCACUCUCGUAACUUCAGCUUAAAAUAAUAAUGUUUUCCAAUUGAAGUUGUCACCUCUGAUGAAGCUUUUAACUGCUUUUUGUCUAUGAUAAGAAUCUAUUAUUCUA